AAGUGGUUUAGGGUCACGGGCUGCACGAGGCUCCAGCACGUGAGGAGUGGGCGUCUGUUCAUUCCCACGUGCAUCGCGGCUCUCUCCUAGUUGAUGCAUGCGCACCCCGUGGGUGUAUGCGUUGUUCAUUCCCACAACGGCCAUCACCGCACCCUCUGUCUCCUUCCUUCUUGGGCCUCACCCCUGGCUCUCGCUUUCAGUGCCCAGUCCGGACCGCAGCACUCCAGUUCCGCCCCAACCCGGGAACCCUGGACUGAGGCUCCCAUUUCUGUCUUUUCUAUUGGGCGCACUUCCGAUGGCGUCAGGAAUUUCAGCCAAUAGGAGCCAGCCAGGAAGUACCUCUCUGAGCAGGCGGUGCCGGGUAUAAAAGAAGGCCGCGCAGCCACGGCUCUUCACGACGCCGUGGAUCCCGAAGCCUGUGUGGCUGUGAGACCUUAGUGAGGCUGCAGGAGAGCAGGAUUGGAAGCGCCUCGGCCAGAAAGUGACCCCCAACCGCUUUCAGGACCCUGUGAACGGGAACAGCCAUCCAGAGGGUUCAGGAAGGCGUCCGCGCCCUCACCUCUUCUCCCCAUGAGCUCCCCCAGAGCUGUGGUGCAGCUGGGCAAAGCUCAACCUGCAGGCGAAGAGUUGGCUACAGCAAGCCAAACAGCCCAGCAGCCCAGCAGCCCAGCCAUGCGGCGCCUCACAAUUGAUGACUUUGAAAUCGGGCGUCCCCUGGGCAAGGGGAAAUUUGGGAAUGUGUACCUCGCUCGGCUCAAGGAAAGCCAUUUCAUUGUGGCCCUCAAGGUUCUCUUCAAGUCGCAGAUAGAGAAGGAAGGACUGGAGCACCAGCUGCGCCGGGAAAUUGAGAUCCAGGCGCAUCUACAACACCCCAAUAUCCUGCGCCUGUAUAACUAUUUCCAUGAUGCACGCCGCGUGUACCUGAUUCUGGAAUAUGCUCCAAGGGGUGAGCUCUACAAGGAGCUGCAAAAAAGCGAGAAAUUAGAUGAACAGCGCACAGCCACGAUAAUAGAGGAGUUGGCAGAUGCCCUGACCUACUGCCAUGACAAGAAAGUGAUUCACAGAGAUAUUAAGCCAGAGAACCUGCUGCUGGGGUUCAGGGGUGAGGUGAAGAUUGCAGAUUUUGGCUGGUCUGUGCACACCCCCUCCCUGAGGAGGAAGACAAUGUGUGGGACACUGGACUACUUGCCCCCAGAAAUGAUUGAGGGGAGAACAUAUGAUGAAAAGGUGGAUUUGUGGUGCAUUGGAGUGCUCUGCUAUGAGCUACUGGUGGGAUAUCCACCCUUUGAGAGUGCCUCCCACAGUGAGACUUACAGACGCAUCCUCAAGGUAGAUGUGAGGUUUCCGCUAUCAAUGCCUCUGGGGGCCCAGGACUUGAUUUCCAAGCUUCUCAGAUACCAGCCCUUGGAGCGACUGCCCCUGGCCCAGAUCCUGAAGCACCCCUGGGUUCAGGCCCAUUCCCGAAGGGUGCUGCCUCCCUGUGCUCAGAUGGCUUCCUGAGCCCUGUCUGCCUCUGUUCCUUUGUGUGUGUUCAGGGAGCUCUCCCGGCUCUGCCACCUUAUUUGUCUUUAUUUUUUUCUCUUUUAAGAUGUAAGAUGCUAAUUAAUAAAAGCUGAAUCAUUUCGUACCA